AUGUCUCUCGCAUCGACCAGCACUUCGCUCUCCUCUCCACCAGCAGCGAUCUUCUCGCACCUCUCUCCCGAAUCUAUGGACCAAGUUUUCAAGCUUAUCAACCAAAAAACUAUGGUCGAAACGCCUUAUUUGUUCCCGAUCUCGUUUAUCACGCUCCUCUUUAUCCUCUACCUGCUCGCCAAUGUCCUGCACAACUGGGUGCUCCCACGUGUCAUCGGGCACAAAUGGUACAACGAGAUCCAAGCGGAACACCGCCGCACCAUGGUGAUCUACGUUCUCCAAGUCGUCGUCACCAGCGCGGCGCUCAUCUGCCAGCUUGCUGUAUCUCGGCUGCUUAAGAACGAGCUUAGCGUGUGGAGGUUCAACGUGUUACGAGCGGCGGCGUGUCUGAUCGCUGCGCUGUACCUGUUCGAGCUGAUCUACAGGUAUCGAAUGACGUAUCCGAUGAUUGCGCAUCACGCCAUCACGUGUUUUGCCAUCUCGCUGUCGCUCGUCAUGCUGGAACGGCUGCAGGAUCCGAGCUUCGCUCUCACAGGCUUGCUCUGGAUCUUUCAGGCCACAACCGAACAGACUGUGUUUAUCGCACUGUUCUUGUACCGCUUGUCAGCGCCUGCAAAAGUGCUCGGUCCGCUGUUCCGCAUCGCAGCGGCGCAAAGCCUGGUGUUCAAGCUGGCAUCCAUCGGAGGGACUGUAUGGGUAUGGGUAAAGUAUCAGCACUCUUCGAGUAGAGAGCUCGCAAGCGCGUGGGAUGCACUCUUCUGGAUCUGUACGAUCGGCUUGGCUUUCUGCCAAGUGUGGGGCGCUUGGGUGGUGUGGAGCAUGGGCGACUCGUUGGAGAAGAGGUAUCAAAUGAAGUUGCAGAAAAAAGAGGAGGAUCAGCUGAAGCAGUUUGAUCGCGUUCUCCCCGCAAGCACCUCCACUGACGGGUUGUGCCACGGACAAUCAUCGGCAGAGUCGACCAGCACUCGAUCGAGCCAGUCAACCUCGUCCGAUCUGGAAAAGGCCAACUUUGCACUCAAACACGUGAGCUUGGGCACCUCAAACCAAUAG